AUGCCACCCGGAACGAUCGCCGCCCAGGAUGAGGCCCCCUUGCAGGCCAUCGGAAUGCCGCCUGGCCAGAAGGGUGCCUCGGCUAAAUCACUCAUCAAGGAACCCCUCAGACUGAGAGGUCUCUUGGAUGAUUACAAGUCAUUUGAUGUAACUCCCACCAUUGGGACGGAGUUCCCUGAGGCCAACGUGGUGGAGUGGAUGAAAGCCCCCAAUUCUGAUGAGCUUCUCCGAGACUUGGCGGUCACUGUCUCUCGUCGGGGAGUUGUCUUUUUUCGCGCCCAAACCGACCUUACCGAUGAACUGGAGAAAGAGUUGGCCCACCGCUUAGGCCUUCUCGCUCGCAAACCGCCAUCCUCAACGCUCCACAUCCAUCCCCUUUCCAACUUCAACGGGGAUUCGGACCGCCAUCUCAACAUCAUCACUACCGACAAAGCCGCGGCACCUGCAGAAGAUCUCUUCAAGAAUCAGGCCGAGAGGCCCUUGGGUGCUCGAGGCAGUUGGCACACAGAUAUUGGCUAUGAACCCAAUCCCAGCGACUACACGAUCCUAAAACUGGUCAAGCUGCCCAAAACGGGCGGCGACACAAUGUGGGCUUCCUCCUGCGAGAUCUACGACAAAAUUUCUCCUCCCUUCCGGAAGUUUCUUGAAGGCCUCACGGCGACCUUCGCCCAGUCCAGAUACCCCAAGACCGCUGCUGAGAAGGGGUUUGAGCUAUACACCGAGCCCCGUGGAUCCCCGAACAACGUUGGUGAUGCUCUCAGCACUGUCCACCCUGUUGUUCGCACCAAUCCAGUCACUGGAUGGAAAAGUCUCUACGGGGUAGGUAAUCAUAUCGUCCGUAUAAACGAGGUAACACCCGAGGAGAGCAAGCGGCUGCAUGAUUGGUUCUUGCAGAUGAUCGUGGAGAACCAUGAUUGCCAGUUGCGGCAUCGAUGGGAAAAUCCGUAUGAUAUUGCGAUAUGGGAUAACCGAUCUGUCUUCCACUCUGCUAUCAUGGACUUUGCUGGCAUGGGCGCUCGUACUGGUCACCGUGCAGUCGGCAUUGGUGAGAGACCUUACUUUGAUCCAAACAGCAAGACUCGCCGCGAGGCUCUUGCUGAAGAAGCUAGGCAGUUUUAG